AUGGUGGAAGUAUUGACGUGUUCACUUGCAAUUACCAUUGCCCUAAAUGGAUAUAAUUACAAACAUCAAACCUAUGGUCCAAGAAGUAAUGGAUUUAAAACUCCCAGUGGGUGUUUUCCUUGUUGUCCAUAUCUUAGGUUAGAGAGGAAAUCAAACAGCAGGAAUUCCAAAGUCUAUGGCCUCAACAUUGUGUCCAUGUCUGAGGCGUGGUACACUUGGUUUGGAGUUACACAAACGAGGAUGCCAAUGGUGGAUACUGAUAAUCCUCAGAUUAUCUCUCACAAGGUUACAAGGGUUGAAUUUGAGUUAUCUGGUGAGGAAGAUGACCCAUUGGUUCAAAUAGGAGGAGCCGAGGAAAUAUCUAGUCUAAAUUCUCUUGAACAGAAAGACUCUAGUGUCCAAAUUGCUGUUGUUGAUCAAGCUUCAAGGGGUUCUAAAGGAAUGGUGACUAUGAAAAAAAGUAGGUUACAUUUUCUAGAGGAAAGGAAUGAGGAGCUAUUUUCAAAAAGGAUUUUGAGGCUUAGCAGGUCAAAUAAGGUUAGAAGUGCAUUGGAAUUGUAUAGGUCUAUGGAAUUUUCAGGUCUUCGGCCUAACUUACAUUCCUGCAAUUCUCUUCUCUCCUGCCUCUUGAGGAAUGGAAUGCUUGAAGAUGCUCUAAGUAUCUUUGAGAUUAUGAAGGCAAGUGGUGUAACUACAGGCCAUACUUAUAGCUUAAUACUGAAAGCAAUAGCAAAUGCUCGUGGUUGUGAUGCAGCGUUAGACCUGUUUGAAGAAUUGGAAGGGAAGAGUAUUCAUAAAGAUUUUGAUGUAGUCGUCUAUAACACUUUGAUAUCAGUUUCUGGCAAAAUGAACAAUUGGGUUCAGGCUCAGAAAAUUUGGAGAAACUUGAAAGAAAAUGGUCAUAUGGGAACACCCGUCACUUAUCGCCUUUUAGUUUGUAUAUUUACCCGUUGUGGUCAGAAUGAGUUAGCUCUUGAUGCAUACCACGAGAUGAUUCAACAUAAACUGAAACCCGGUGAUGAUGAAAUGCAAGCUGUUAUUGGAGCAUGCACGAAGGAGGGGAAGUGGCAUUUGGCACUAAGUAUCUUUCAAAACAUGUUGAACAGUGGGCUUAAGCCAAACUUAACUGCUUGUAAUGCAUUGAUUAACUCACUUGGGAAAGCUGGCGAGGUCAAGCUCGCGUUUGAAGUCUAUGGUCAUGUGAAAUCCGUAGGUCAUGCUCCUGAUGCAUACACAUGGAACGCGUUGCUUGGUGCCUUGUACAGGGCAAAUCAACAUGCUGAUGCUCUUCGGCUCUUUGAGAGCAUCCAAAAAGGGCAAAAAUCUGCAUUAAAUUUACAUUUGUACAACACCAUUUUAAUGUCUUGCCAGAGGCUGGGGUUAUGGGAUAGAGCUCUGCAGCUGCUUUGGCAGAUGGAAACUUCUGGACUCUCCAUCUCAACUGCAUCAUAUAAUAUUGUGAUUGGAACUUGUGAAGCUGCAAGAAGACCCAAAGUUGCAUUGCAAGUUUAUGAGCACAUGGUUCAUCAAAAGCAUACUCCAGACACUUUUACUCUGUUGUCGCUGAUAAGAGGAUGUGUUUGGGGUUCUCUUUGGAAUGAAGUGGAGGAAAUCCUAAAUGUUGCACCCAAUGAAUCACUCUACAAUGCCGCUAUUCAGGGAAUGUGCUUAAGGGGCAAGAUUAAUUCAGCGAGGAAGCUGUACAUGAAAAUGCGUGAGAGCGGUCUCAAAGCUGAUGGCAAAACAUGGGCAUUGAUGCUGCAGAACUUAUCAAUAGAUUCAGUUAAACAAAGAAACAGAUGA